GGUGGGCGGGGCCAUAGUGGAUACAAAUCUGCGCCACUUUCUCCUCUGCAGCUCUUUCUGCUGAGAAAGUUCAGCUCUUCAUCAUCUCCGCUCAGAAACUCCUCAGACUCCUUCAGCCAUGGUGUGUUCUAGAGUGCUGGUGGGACUCUUCUUGCUCUCCCUGCUCUCUUCUGCCGUCGAGGCUCGCAAGAGCCACGGAAGGCAUAAAUUUAAGUCUCACGAGAGGCCUAUAGACAAGGGUCUCCAGAAUCUCCCACAGAUCAUCAGUUUUCUCAAUGAAAAUUAUUUAGAUGGCGAUCAGUUCGCUGUGGCCAUCAACGUCCCAGCUUCAAGCUGUUCCACUCAUGUAAGACCUGAUCAGAACUUCCUCCCAGAUGAUCCUGCACUGAAAGUGAAACGUGCCAUGAACAGCACUGCAGGGGUUUACAGAGGGCAGAGGAUAAUCGGUGCCAAACAAAAAAUGAUCAAUGGGAUGAGCAGCUACCACCCUGAGUACCUUCUGCUGAUUCAGUCAAGCCCACCAGAAAAUUCCCCCCAUGAUCCACUGCUGAAGGAGCUCCUGGAUAGAGACAAACAUGGCUGUGUGGUUUUCUACACCCACAAGUCUCCAUGUGUGAACACCUGCUCAACACCAGAGGGAGCGUACAGCAUCCUCCCUGCCCUCGACAUGCUCAGGGAGCACGAGGGUCCAAAAGCUUUUGUGUUUAGUAAGGUUCAGAUACAUGUGGGCUCCAUUCAGAAGACAGAAAACCGCAAAGAUCUGCCAUUCGCGCAGUGUUUCCCUUGGGGAACAAAUAUGUAUGUUACACUGAUAUAUCGGGAAUAUUUUCCUCAGCAUGAAGCAAAUAUAUGGGCAGUGAAUGCUAGAGUGCCGCUGUACCGCUGUGAUGGAGCUGGAUGUCAAUACUGUGUGCACCAAAACAAUGAAGUUGAUUAUAAGUGCAUGGUGUAAUGCAGUUUCUUCUUUUUAACGUUUCAAGUAAAACGACAUGAAAUGCGUGAGUUUCUAAAGCAUUAGUGAUAAAGUUCAGGCUUUUUUACCUCUUGGCUCUUCUGAACAUGCAUACAUAUCUUAUAUAUAUCCUGCAUGAUGUUUCUACAUUUAUCAAUAAAUACUGGUGCAUUCAGUUCGAUGUAA